CUUUCAGAUAUGCGCUACUAUAAAAUGGAUCAUCCCUUGCGAGGAAAAGCAUUAAUUUUUAACCAAGAAAAGUUCCUGAUCGGUCUGCCAGAGCGAACGGGUACUGAAUUUGACAGGAAUCGUCUAGCAAGGAUUCUGAAACAGUUAAAAUUUGAGGUUAUUGUGUAUGAAAAUCAUAGGCAUCAACGUAUUCGAAGUCUCAUUGAAAAAGUGGCCCUGGAGGAUCACGAUCAAUGUGACUGCAUUCUUGUGUGCUUCAUGAGCCAUGGUGAUGAGUACGGGAAUCUUUUUGGGAGUGAUGGAGCCAUCAGGUUUGAUGAACUAUGGACCCCCUUCAUGGAUGACUGUUGUCCAUCUUUAGCGGGGAAGCCAAAAAUUUUUAUUAUACAAGUUGAGUACUGGCUGAGUCUUUGCCUUUUUCUCAAAUUCAUGAUAUCCUGUCGGGGUAGUAAAGUGAAUGAUGGUAAUAAUGUGAUGGAGACAAGGAACUACAGCCAGCCUGACUCCACCAAAGAACUAGGUGCACACUACAACAGCUCCAUCCCACCGGACUUCCUGUUUGUAUUCUCGACAACCCAUGGCACUAAUGAUAUCAGGCAAAUGCUUGAUUUUGUCUUCAUUGAAGGUUAUUGUUCCUGGCGGAAUCCAACUGAAGGAUCACACUUUCUACAGUGCCUAUGUGAUGUCCUUCAGCAAGGUUCCCAAGAUGAAGAUCUGUUGAGUUUGUUAGAAGAAGUAUCUAAGAAAAUUGAAAAAGAAUCUUACUAUUGUCAUGAGUCUGAUGGGCAACUGAUGAAGCAGAUGCCCGAUAUAAAAUAUAAUUUGACUAAAAAGUUAAAGCUUCACAUUCAU